AUGCCUGGAGGACAUCUAUAUCUGUUCUUACAAUCUAGCUCGUCCGAAAACUCGUUUCUGCGACUGCCCCACCGCACUCUCUGGGAUGAUGCCAUGCGAGCAGGUGCACUCGAUGCUUUGCCACACAACACCCGGAUGCACCUCGCUUGUCAUGGGAAGCAAGACCACAAUGAGAGACGAACCUCUGAGACUCCAAUUUUCGGGGUCAACUCUGAUUUUGGCGCUCCUAACCUACCAGAGAUAUUGACUAUAUACGCCCACUUUUACAUCGCGCUUGCUAUCCCUGGAUCCCCCACUCCACUUGCGUCAUUCCCACAUUUGGCUCUAUUCUGGAUGGUUCCGGUCCCCUCCCUGUCUAAGUGUCAGAGUGUGACUUGUGGCUUGAAUCGGCAGCAGUCAACACCAAGUCUUGGUGACUAUAAAGACUUCAGAUGUGUCGCGACCAGGCCGUCCAAUGUGCCUCAGUUGUGGGAGGCAGUUCAAAUCGACAAGGCAGCUGUCGUCGCAUGCUGCGCAGUGUGGGUAUAA